GAGAUUUCUCCUCUUUGCUGGCCAGAUCUUGUUUUGCUUACUUGCUUUGUUUACUCUGCAUCAUCUCUUUGGGCGAUUCCACAGAUGCCAAGUGCCGUUGUCUAAUCCCAAACUUCACUCUCAUCAUCGCCACACAGCAGAGCUUCUCGAAAUACUUACGCCAAACCGCAUCUCUCUCAGACAGAAAUCAGAAUUCCACCAUAUUGCUUUUCCUCAUCUCGAAACGGCACCCCCUUGGCCCACAAGAUUGCCAGCAAGGCUAUCUCAGGUCAACUCGAAGUAUCCGUGGACAGAUCCUCGCAAUGGGUGGCUCGGCCUUUGCUCAGGGACAGAACCCUUUGUUCACACCCCGAAUGCCAAAGGAGGUUUACGACGCAACCAAGACCCGAUGCGAAAAGAUCCUCCUCGACCUCUACUCUUGCGUAGAGUCGCCCUUGGAAGGCCCAGCAAAGACAGACUAUGGAGACAUUGAUUUUCUUGUUGCGUCGCCAAAGUCAGACGCCGCCAAGGGCGCACUCGCAAUUCCCGCCAUCGCUCAAGCUCUUGGAGCUGAACGAAAGAUUGUCGCAGGAGGCACCGAGCCAGCGGCCAGUCUAGCUAUCCCGUGGCCCGAAGAUGGCAAAGACGAGGUAGGCAAAGAGAAGGACAACAAGGAGAAAGACAGCAAGGACGAUGAUAACAAGCAGAAGGAUGACACGAAAGAACCCGCUAAAAAGUAUAUCCAAGUGGACGUCAGAGUUUGCGAGACAGAGGACAAGCUACGCUGGAUGCUCUUCAAACACGGCCACGGAGACUUUUGGAACGUUGUGGGAUCCAUCAUCAAACCCUAUGGCCUGACAGUCGAUGACACCGCCAUGUGGCUCAGAGUUCCCGAGAUCGAGGAGCACAACAGGAGGCGCGCCAGAAUCUUCCUCACGUCCGAUCCGACCAAGGUCAUGGAUUUUCUUGGCAUGCGCAUGGAAGGCUAUUGGGACAAGGCCUUCUCUAGCAUGGAAGAGCUCUACGAAUAUAGUACCAGUUGUCGGCUGAUGUAUGUCAACCCUACUCCACCAGAGCCCGACAACGAAGAAGCAAAACUCAAGGCAAGGGAUCGACGGCGCAUGAACUUUCGGCCUGUAUUCCGAAAGUGGCUCGACGAGUUUAUCCCAGAGUGCCGCCGACUCAGCAGGUUUUCCGAGCAAAAAUUCACAAGAGAGCAAAUCACCGAAGAGGCUUUUGCUGCGUUUGGCGUUGAGGAAGAGUUCAACACUCGACGCGACAAGUUUCUCGCCGAGAAGCAGAAAGAGCACAUUUGGAACAGCUGCAUCAAGGGGGCGGUCCCCGAUCCCAAAUCCGGGGACCACUUCGACAUUCUCUACAGAUCGUGCCUCGUCAAGGCCCUGAAGAAGAUCAUCCUCGAGGACGAUACGAGCUACGGCAUUGUACCCUUGAAGAGCCUCAAGAAACCCGACGGCAUGUACGAUGUGGAGCGUGUCGAGGACUUUAUCGCCAAGAAUCAAGAGUCUGUGGGAAAGGCAGCCAUUGCACGGCAUCACAGCGCUUACGGCGAACGCGUACACAAGAAGGAGUACCAGGAAGGGCAGCCACAGCGCAAAAAG